CUGAUCACGAUUUUUGGAGUAGAUUACAAUUUCUGGAGUGGAGCUACGGAAUUGCGACAAAUACUAGGGUUCUUCAUCUAAGGACAACAAAAAUGUCGAGAAGAGCUUCACUGAUGCUAGAAUGUACUCCGAAUUACGGUAAGGGUAGAAUGAAGUUCCCCAAAUUUAAUCCUAAAACUGAGAAUAAGAAUCCAGACAUCAUGCUAGGCUUGAUUUUCAGUUCCAAAAAAGAGGCAAAAUUUGCUAUUGAGUCUCAUUGUUUUAGGAGGGGUAUGAUGGUGAAAUUUCCAAAAAAUGAUGCCAUUAGACUCAGGGCUGUGUGUAAAAAAGAGGGUUGUGGAUGGUACAUUCAUGUCUCCAAAAUGCAAAAUGACCACUCUUGGCAAGUGAAAACCUAUAACCCAAGACACACUAAAUGUUCCUGGAAUUAUAACAAUACAAGCCUUAAGUCUGGUUGGAUUGGCAAAAUAUUUAUGAAAAAAUUGAAAGACAAUCCAAAGUUGGGUACAAAUGAAUUCAGAAGUGAAAUUUGUACAACUUUGAAGGCCAAUAUAACCAGAUCACAGGCUUACAGAGCAAGAAAAAAGGCAAUUAAGAUAAUCCAGGGAACUUUGGAGGAACAAUUUUCAAAAAUUUAUGAUUAUUGCCUAGAAAUUGAAAGAACUAAUCCAGGUUCUACAGUUAUCAUGAAGCUGACUGAGGAGAGAAGAUUCCAUAGGUUGUACAUGUGUUUCAAUGCAUGCAAGGUUGGGUUUAAAAAUGGUUGUAGGCCUAUAAUUGGGGUAGAUGGUUGUUUCUUGAAGGGUGGGCAUGGAGGUCAACUAUUAACUGUAGUUGGGUUAGAUCCAAAUAACAACAUCUUCCCAAUUGCAUAUGCAAUAGUUGAAUCUGAAACAAAAGACAGUUGGAUCUGGUUUUUGAACUUGUUGAAUGCAGAUAUUGGAUUUGAAAAUGAACAUAAUUGGACUUUUAUGUCUGACAAGCAAAAAUGGUUAAUUCCAGCUUUUGAAACUUUGUUUCCCAAUGCUGAAAAUAGAUUUUGUGUGAGACAUUUACAUAGCAAUAUGAAGAGGGAUGGAGUCACUGGGUUGGCAAUCAAGACAGCAUUAUGGGGGGCAGCUAAAGCAACCAGGGUUGAAGAAUUUAAUAGAAAAAUGCAAGAGUUGAGAGACAUUGAUGAAGAUGCCUAUCAAUGGUUAGUGAAAAAGCCUCCUCAAAACUGGACUAGAUCCCAUUUCAGUCCACAUCCUAAGUGUGACAUCCUACUGAACAAUAUGUGUGAAUGUUUCAAUAGUUUCAUUCUUGAAGCAAGAGAAAAACCAAUAAUUUCUUUGCUUGAAACUAUUAGAAAUCUGUUAAUGACUAGGGUGCAAUCUAACAAGGAAAAAGCUGCAAAAUGGGAAGGUCUCUUGUGUCCAAAGAUAAAAAAGAUCUUGAUGAAGAUUAUGGAAGAGGCUGGGGAGUGUAUAUCUAUGAAAUGUGAUGAUUAUCAUUUUCAGAUUAUUGGUCCAUUUGACCAACAUACUGUUGACUUGUUGGAGAGAAAGUGUAGCUGCAAAAAAUGGGAUUUAAGUGGCAUACCUUGUAAACAUGCAUGUUCAGCAAUAUGGUGUAGAAAUGAGGAGUCUGAAUCAUAUGUACAUAAUUGUUACAAGGUUGAGACCUAUUUACAGGUUUAUGAGCCUCCAAUCUUAGGCUUCAAUGGACCUGAAUUGUGGCCCAAAAGUUCAUUAGAAGCUCCACUGCCUCCAAACUACAUUGAAAAAGCUGGCAGGCCUCAAAGGCUAAGGAGGAGAGAACCUGAUGAACCCCCUGCCCCAGGUGCAAAUCCACAUAGAUUGAGAGGAAUUAAAAGAAACAAUAAAUGUAAGACAUGUGGGGGCACAAACCAUAACUCAAAAACAUGCAAGAAAAGAAAAUUUUCUGCAGUUGAGCAGGUGCAAGCAAGUCAAAGUGGAACUGGAGAUGCAGUUGGCCAACAAAAUGAGUCUGUAUUUGAAGUUCCUCAAGAUUACUUGGCCACUCAAGCUUCUGUUUCAAGUGUACCACCACAGAGAAAAACAAAAUUACAGGUUAAAAGGCCUUCUCAAAAGAAUGUGAAUGUUAAAGGAAGGACAAAUACAAUUGCUUUUCAAGCCAGCAAAUCAUCUCCAACAGUUAACACUCCUGUUAUUGUCAAAGGGGGACUCAAUUUUAUCACUCUGAACAAUCUGAAAGCAAGUGUCUCACAUUCCAAGUCUGCUGGUGCCUCACAUUCCAAGUCCAAGUCCAAGUCUGUUGGUGAUUCUUCAUCCAAUGCCAAGUCUGUUGGUGGUUCUGCAUCUAAGGCUGUUGGUGGUUCCAAUCUUGCAUCUUAG